AUGUGCAAACUGGCUCAAGAAAUACUGCUUGCUACUACAUUUACAGUAGCGUUCGCUUCCCUUCCAGACAACGAUUCGGUUAAUAAGCUCUCAGAUUUAAAACUGGAACUGAGUAUAAACAUCAAAGACGCCAAAAGAGUGAAUGAGUAUAGAAGGAAGAUUACCGAACGGGUUGACAAUUAUCUUACUACCAGCCAAAAAUCUGCUUCUAGUUCAACCAGAUCCUUUGAAUGGGAACUUUUAGAGAUUGAAAAGAUUAAAAAUGAUGUUGAGACACAGAUUGCCAGCGCAAAGGUAAAAUUGAAUAAGAUUUUAGACGAAAGCGUCGUUGCUUCAGCUGAGAUUGAUGAAGUUUUGGAUGGUAAAGAUACUGAAAAAGUACUCGAAGAAGAGAUAAAAGCACUUGUGGAGGAGAAUAGAAAAACUUUGCAGGCGUUAGACUAUGAACAUGGCAUUCUGGAUUACAAAGUUGUGAAGUUGGGAAUUAUCGAUAAUAUAAUCACCAAUAACGGAAUCUAUACGCCGUUCAAGAAUAAAGAUUUAUACCCGCAAAGCGAGGCAGAUUCUGCUACUCUAACAUUAGACCAAAAUACUACGGAGAACCAAAUUUAUGCCCUCCUUUUUAAUCCUGAACCAAAAGUAUUUACAAGGGAAGAACUAAGGCAUCUUUCAGAUUCAAUGGAAAGGUUAUUGGUGAACAGGUUAUUAGAGUUUAAAAAAAUUGGAGAUGAAUUAAUGAACAAGGUAAAUAGGGUAAAGGAGUUUAAACCAGACAUCUCAUUUUCUCUUGGAAACAUAUACAAACUAUUCAAGGCUUUAGUCAUAAAUCGAGAGGAUGAAAAAUUAGCCAGUGAAUUAUUACAAUUAAGUGAACAUUAUCGUGAAAUUAUGUCACUUGUAUCUCCCGCAAAAAAGGAUAUUGAAGAAAACAUGAAAACGGUGAGAGAAUGUGUGCAUGCACUCGAAUCAGAGUCUGAUGACGCUAAUUUACCCACUGAAAAAUGCUUACAUUCAUUUAAAGGAGGUAUUUUGGCUAUUGAAGCGACUAGAUACAAAAAAUUGGCAGACCAUAUCAAGGAGGUUGAGAAUACAAUUGGGGAUAUCGAAAGGCGUUUAAAAGGAUUUUUGGAGGAUAAUGGCAUGGGAAAUACAAACUUUAACGGUAUGCUUUGUGUUGCAGUUAUUCUCUACCUGAUCACGUUUUGA